AUGAGUCUCCCUGCAGAGUUCCUCUCCUCAGCGAGUUCCCGGGUUCGAGGAUUGCAUCUCAUGCUGCUUCUUCUGACCGCCGUGGCAUCCGAGUGUCCCAGGAGCUGCCAGUGCACGGAGAGGAGCGGCCUGGUGGUGGUGCAGUGCUCCUCCCGCAACCUGGAGCUCAUCCCGCCCGACCUGCCUCGUGACACCGUGGCGUUGCUUCUCUCCUCCAAUCACAUCACCAGAAUCCCCGGCCAGGCUUUCCGAGACCUGCCGCGCCUGCAGGAGCUCGACCUGUCCCGGAACUCCAUCGAGAGCAUGGACGCCGACGCCUUCCACGGCGUCUCGGAGACCCUGCGGACGCUCAACCUGUCGCACAACCGGCUCCGCGGCGUGCCCAAGGAGGCCUUCGCCCGGCUGCGGGCCAAGAUCGGCCUGGCCAACAACCCGUGGCACUGCGAGUGCACGCUGCAGGAGGUCCUGCGAGAGCUCCAGCUCGACCCCGAGACGGCCGGCGAGGUGAGCUGCCACACGGCCGUGCAGGACGAGUACGCCGGCAAACCCGUCAUCCAGGUCCUGGACUCGGGGAUGAACUUCUGCAGCUUCCACCACAAAACCACGGACGUGGCCAUGUUCAUCACCAUGUUCGGCUGGUUCGCCAUGGUGAUCGGGUACGUGAUAUACUACGUCCGGCACAACCAGGAGGAUGCCCGCAGGCACCUGGAGUACCUCAAGUCUCUGCCCAGCAGCUCACAAAUCAGCAAAGACUUCGACACCAUCAGCACGGUUCUGUAG